AAAUGCUUCUUCUUCCCCUUACUUUUUUGUGUUGAGAACGCAACCACCAACAGUCUGCCUCUUGGUUCCAAGAGAUUGACAGAGGAAUACAACAUGAUGGAAAUUGACUCACUCCAAGAGGCGCUAAAAGAAUUUGACAAGAAAGGGAAGAAAGAAGUCGCUCCCCUGCUGGACCAGUUUCUGGGUCAUGUUGCCAAGACUGGAGAAACCAUGGUUCAAUGGUCCCAGUUUAAAAGCUAUUUCCUCUUCAAACUGGAGAAAGUAAUGGAUGACUUUAAAGCUUCAGCACCUGAUCAAAGGGGGGUAGCCAAUCCCAAUGUGGAGUCCAUUCCUUUUGAGGAAAUGAAGGAAAGGAUUCUAAAGAUUGUGAAUGGAUACAAUGGAAUUCCAUUUACGAUCCAGCGUUUGUGUGAGCUGCUGACAGAACCGAAGAGGAAUUACACAGGGACAGAGAAAUUUCUCAGAGGUGUUGAAAAGAAUGUGAUGGUGGUCAGCUGUGUGCAUCCUACCUCAGAGAAAAAUGGAUGCAGUGGUGUGAAUAGAAUGAAUGGAGUCAUGUUGCCUGGGAACUCAUCUGCUUUUACAGAGAGGAAAGUGAAUGGCCCAGGAACCCCUAGGCCACUAAACAGACCAAAACUCUCACUAGCCAGCUCACUAGCAACAAAUGGCCUGCCGGACAGUACAGAAAACAAAGAUCCUGUCACAGAGCAAGGACACAGCAAACCCUCUAGCGAGGUAUCGGCAUCAGGUAGCCCGGGGAACUCUGUGAAAAACAAGCACCAUGAUGACGAGGAAGAGGAUAUGGAGGCGGAGCAGCAUGAGGUGAAGAGGCUGAAGUUCAACAAAGAGGACGAGGAGGAGGAUCAGGAAGAGCAGGAGGCGGACACCCUCAGACCAAGUCACACUGACAGCUUGUCAGAGGAGGCAGAGUCCAUGGUCCAGGAGAAGGACCAAGUGCAUGAAGGGGAUGAGGAGGAUCGGGAGGCUACAAGUUCGGCUGGGACUUGUGAAGACCAAGAGCCAUCAAGUACCCAGUCGGAGCCGUCGGCGGGGUCUGGGGAGCAGGAGCCGGCUGAGCGGGAGGUGCCAUGUGGCUCUCAGGAGGAAGGUAACGACAUGGACCAGUCAGAGCAGCAGCCCCCUGCUGGUGUCUCGGAGAGCCCUGGGACCCAGGACAGCCAUGAGGGCAGUGACCCGGUCAGCAGCAGCAGUAGCGCCGCUAGCAGUGAGAGCGGAUCCAGGGACGAGUCAGCCCCCGCCCCCACCAGCAGUACUCCCGAGCCGACUGCAGGGGGUACUGUGGUGAGCUGUGGCCUGGACACGGGGACCAGUGAGGAGCCCAUGGAGCAGGACUAACGAGACGCCUGUGUCCAUCUGUCGACCAUUAAGAACGUCUGUCCUCAAGUCCGGCUUGAGUGUCAACGGCGAAGGGGCUGCUCUAUCCUGGUCCCACAGAUACUUUACACCAGGAAUAUUCAACUCCUGGUCCCUGAGGGCAGAAAUACUUCUGGUUUUUGUUUCUAUCUGGUACUUAAUUGUGCUCAGUGGGUCUCCCAGGUCUGAGUCCUGUGUCUGAUUAGAAAGAAGGGAUAUAAACCAAAAGUGUUGGGGCCCUCCAGGACCGGCGUUGAAUAGCCCUGCUUCACGCCUUGUCUACAUUUUGGGCACUCCUCGAAAUGACAGCCUGUCAUUAAUGUGGGCAUAAACAUUUUAUUUUCAAUCGAAAAUUUUUAAACUGGACUUAUUUCUUUUUCUUCCCCUACACUUUCAAGUAAAGGCUUGUAUUCUCGAGAGGUCUUUGUUUUGGCCUUCAUCAGUUUUUGCAGUUGCAGAUGAUGUUUGUAGCUGUGCUGAUAGAAUGGUGUGUUCAUCUGGCUAUUGUUUUUCCUCAUUAGUUCUAUAUAUACACAGGCACAGAUUUGUUGUCAGUUAUCACCACCUGUCACGUGGUCAGAGCCCUACUAGCGUCUUUAUUUAUGCCGUCAGUUACUCACUCCAAAGAUGAACUAGCUAGCAUAAUUGGUUUCUUACUGAAGCACAAGCCUCAGCAUCCAGCCCAGACACUGUUUUAAGCCAUGUGCCGCCAAAUUGAUUGUUCAGGAGGUAUCUGUCCUUGUUUUUUCCCCAUCCAUUUUCUUUGUGUGAUGGGAGGAGUGUUGAAGUAGAUUUUCCAUGUGUCCUUAUUCUCCUUUUUAAAUGCGUUUGUUGUCUUUUCUAUGAUACACUACCAACCCAACUGAUAAAGUAAUAUAACAUGCUCCCUUUCACCUUAAAAUCUAAGAUAUCAUUUUGGGUGCGUUGGACCACCACCCUUUAUCUGAACAUUUCAACUCUUAUUUUGGAAAAAUAUAUUUUUUUGGCAGCCCAGUUGUUUUGUUUCCAAAACCAGCUGUAAGUACAAAGAUAACUUUUGCUUUGUAUUGUGAUGUCACAAAGUUGUUUCACUGACAGAUAUCUAGAGCAGUUACUGGUUACCAACUUUACACCGGUUUCUGCUGCUGUACUUUUUGAUAUUUAGAAUUUUAAAUUUCUGUAAAGUAGAUUUUUGUAGAUUGUAAUACAGUAUGUGUUCACUGCCUUUGUGAAACCAUAUAUAAUUGUAUAAUUUCUGUGUAUACUCUUGAAUGCUUAUGCUUUCAAUGGGGUAUUCAGAUAAAGCAAUAAAUGUUAACAUUUG